CUCCGGGGUGUAAACGCUGUUGAUGCGCCUUCGCUUCAGCUGGAGACAGACAAUGUGUUGAAAUUCCGACAAGACAUUAAAAAUCCAACAAUGGACGACUCAGAGGGGAAAUCGCCAUCCGACAGCGUGCCCAAGUGGCAGCUCAACCUCCCCGGCGAUGAACCAGCAACCGAUGAUGCGCCGCAGUCACAAGCAGACGAUAACAAUACCCAGUCAGAUAAGCUCGAGGUCGCGAGGCGAUUCCUCGAGGAUGACGCAGUCAAGAGUGCGCCGCGAGAGGUCAAGAUUGACUUUUUGAAGUCAAAGGGCGUUGGAGAUGAGGAUAUCCAGUUUCUCCUAAGCGAGCCUGAAGAAGAGCCAUUAGCGACAGAAGAUUCAGCCCCAACAGACGAAUCCAACCAGAAGGCUCUAUCCGUGCUAGAAAAAUCAUUUGCUCCUACACCACCGCCACCGGCUGCUCCCGCGCCUCCGACGUCUAUUCUCGCAGGAAGCGAUCGCCCUCCCGUGGUGACAUACCCCGAGUUCCUCACCAAGCCCCAAAACGAUCCCCCCUUGGUCACGACCAACGGACUCCUCAACACGCUCUGGGCCUUUGGCGGUCUUUCCACGCUUCUGUACGGCGCCAGUAAAUUCGCCGUCGAGCCAAUGGUCGAGAAACAGACAAGCGCGCGGAUUGACCUACACGAGACCACUUCCAAGAAGCUGGACUCCAUCCUCGCGCAGCUCGAAAGCACCGUCUCCGUCGUCCCGUCAUACAACAAGUCCGGCGCCAAUGCUACUUCUUCAGAGACCGAAGACGUCGACGACCCUUCCGAAAUGUUCCACCGAGACAUCGGCACGCAGACGACGUCCCCUCUUGCCGCUUCAUCAAAGGGCAAAGACGAGGCCCAGUCAAAACUCCAAGCGGACCGUCUUUCAAAGCUAGCCAAGUCCCUCACGGGGCUCACAAACGACUACAAAAAGCAGAGCACCGACUCGGAGAAUGCCAAGGCUUUCUUGGACACUUUCCGCGAUGAACUGGACACCAUGACGUACGGCAACCAGACUGAGAUAUUCGGCGCCUAUGAUAUAAACAAGAAGAAGAAGAAGAACGACUCCGAAGACGAGAUUCGAAAAGUGAGGGAUAAUAUUAGGAGGAUUAAGGGAGUUCUCUUGAGUGCCCGGACGUUUCCUACAUCUGCCAGGUGAGGAACGAAUGACAUAUAUUCGAGGCAUGUUUUUUUUUUUUUUUUUUUGCUACAUUAGUUGUGAUUUGUUAUAUAGAGCAUCUACUUGAUAAGAGCAUGCAAGGAUAUGAUUUGGGGUAGUUGAUAUAAUGAUAUUUCCUAUAGCUUAUAAUUACAUUUUUCCUCUCUCUCAACAUUUGUGCUGUGCUCUGCCAGAUGCAUUGCCGCAUAUACUGCUCUCUCCCAUGCCCCAUUGCGGUCACUUCAAGCGCAUCAAAUAGAGUAUAUAGACAAAUAGAACCGAACCGAAACAGCGAUGUGGAAAACGGAAAUAACAAAAUGGUUAAGAAACAGGAAAGACAUUGGGGGAAUGAAGGGCAUGAAGGGGAAAACCAGAAAGAAAGAAAAAAAUACAAACCGCUUUAUGCUCGAGAUAACGGCAGACGACACAAUUUCUCAUCCCUUUUUGUGCAAAAACUCCUCAACUUUGUACAUCUUAAAAAUAUCUUCCCACGGCACAACUUUGAUAUGCUCAAACCCUCGUCCUUCUUCGCAUUGCUCCUCGUACCAUUCCAAAGUCGGCCUGAAAACAUACUCAAAGUUCUUCCCUUCAAACUUGGGAUCUGCUUCUCGUGCUGAUUGGUAUAGUCGAUUUCUGCAUUUGGAAUAUGGCUUUUGGUUGUUGCCGCUGGGUGGGUGGAAAAUAAUCUUUGGGGUUGAGGAUUUGUCGUCUUGGAGUGAUAAGCCCUUCAUGAUAUCAUCCCUCAUGGCGACUCCAUCGCUCUUCUGAUCUUUCGAUUGCUUCUCAGGGGUGACCAAACUCCAGCCUCGAAGAGGAAGCUCCUUAGCUGGGGCAGGUAACCAGUCUCUAACAUUUCCUAGCAAACCAUCGAGCCAUCGCAGUGUAA